AUGAGACGAGACGAUCCGAGCCGAGUUUUUGCAAUUGCUGUAUGGGAAUUGCUAAAGUGGUUGGGUGCCCAUUCAGCCUUCCGUGGUCUGCGGAUGGGUGGGGCACGUUUCGAAUAUUGUUUUCGAAUAUGUUUUGUCGAUGCGGUAGCAACUCGUGGUGACGUGAUGGGCGCUUGGACGUGUGCGUACUGUUCGCUGUUAAACGAUGACUCGGCAACUCAGUGCGCCUCAUGCGGCUCACGGAAUUCAAGCGGUUCCCGACGUGCACAUCUGCUCAAAUUACCAAAGAUAUCCUUGAGCGGUGCGUUGCAUGCAAUUGAUUCGGCACUGGUGGAUAUUGGCAUUCUGCCGGCUGUAGCGGCCAAUUCGUCGCGCUCGUCGGUUGCCGAAGGCCGCACGUUCUGCGCUGCGCCAGCUUCGCCUACAAAAGUUAGAGUAUUGCUCUCUCGGAACUCUCCAUUUGAGCCGAUUUUCGGCAUCACCCCUGAUGGUGUUCGUUUCCAUGGAUAA